CCGCAGGUAUGGGUAUAGGCUAUGUUGCUACUGCGGUAAAUAAAUAUUCAUAAAUAAAUCUUUAAAAUUAUUUUUAAACGACUCCCGAGAAAACUGAAAGGGCGAAAGCUGUAAACCGAUCUGAUAUCCAGUACCGUAUAUCUUUCAAAUCUAUCUUAAUUACUGCACUUUACUUAAUAAACGCGGGCGCAGCGGUGGGGCUCAUCGUGCUAAGCAUUAGGAAUACGCUCCCACCGCACCUCUAAUUACUCUGCGUGGGUUCGCAGGUUUGAAUCCCAUGAGGUGAUGGUUAUAACCGCUGGUCGGUUACUCUCCCCCGGGUCCCGGGAUAAAUAUGUAUAUCAGUAUAUCCUAUCCUAAAGCAAUCAACCAAUUCAUUUUGGUUCUAGUAUAAAACAAAAUUAAAGUCACUUUUUGUUUGGUACCGUAACCUGAUAACUGACUACUGGACUAUGUCAAAUACUGAAAUAAGAGCUACUUUGCUAUUAACACAUACAUAUGAUAUAUUUAUUGUGACUAGUUCUCCUUCAUGCAGUCAUGACUUAAUUAUACCAUUCCAUAAUUUUCGAGUUCUAAUGUAAAACUAAAUUCGUCUUCUAUGAUGAUGAGUGCCUAUUGUGUGAGAAGAUGUCUUGUAGUAAGGUCUUCAAAAGAUUUAAUUUAUACGUCAAGAUUUUCAAUGUCAUCUCAUGAAAUCAGAAAAAAGUUCAUUGAUUUUUUUCAUAAACAACACAAUCAUGAGUUCAUUUCUUCAUCAUCGGUCAAACUUCUCAGCGAUCCCUCAUUACUUUUUGUCAAUGCCGGAAUGAACCAGUUUAAGCCAAAAAUAUUAGACACUAUUGAUCCAAAUGACAAAAUGUCUUCAUUACGACGAGCUGUUAACAGUCAAAAAUGUAUACGUGCAGGAGGUAAGCACAAUGAUUUGCAAGAUGUUGGUAAGGACACAUCACAUCACACAUUUUUUGAAAUGUUGGGUUCAUGGUCUUUUGGAGAUUACUUUAAAGAAAAAGCUUGCGAGAUGGCACUUGAAUUGUUGACUGAACAAUUUAAAUUACCCGUAGAUAGAUUGUAUUUUACCUAUUUUGGAGGGGAUGAUUUACAAAGACUAGACACUGAUACGAGUACAAGAGAUGUGUGGAAAUCUCUUGGAGUACCCAGUAAGAACAUUUUACCAUUUGGAUUUAAAGAUAAUUUCUGGGAAAUGGGAGAUAAAGGGCCAUGUGGGCCUUGUACAGAGAUUCAUUAUGAUUAUGCCGGAAACGGGCGAGAUUUGGUAAAUGCUGGUCAUUCAGACGUUGUUGAAAUAUGGAAUUUAGUAUUUAUGCAAUACAAUAGAAUUUCAAAUGGAGAUCUGGUAUAUUUACCAACAAAUCAUGUUGAUACAGGAAUGGGAUUGGAACGAAUUACUGCAAUUUUGCAGAAUAAGAAAUCAAAUUAUGAUACAGAUUUAUUUCUACCUAUUUUGAACCAAAUUGGAGAAAUUUGCAAUUGUCCAAAAUAUCAAGGUACAAAUACUCCUAUAGACGAAGCAUACAGGAUUGUUAGUGACCAUAUACGUAUGCUAGUAGUUGCAAUAUCUGAUCAUGUUUAUCCCGGGAAUGCAGGGGCUGAGUUAAUCUUGAGGAGAGUGUUACGUCGAGCUUACCUCAAAUCAAAACAAAUAUUACAUGCUCCUGAUGGACUUUUAUGUGAAUUAGUUCCAAUUGUAGUAGGUUUCUUAUCGUCACAUUAUCUGUACAUGAAAGAUCGUCAAAUUGACGUAAUAAGAAUAAUUCGCAACGAAGAAGAUAGUUUCAUUAAUGUUCUAAAAAAGGGUGAAAAAAUAUUCAAUAAAGCUAUAAAGAAUAUUAGUAAGGAAAAAAAUUUUCCAAUGGAAACUGCUAUUCUACUGUAUAAUCAUUAUGGAUAUCCCAUUGAAUUAAUAAUAAAUAAUCUUAACGAGAAAGAUAUUGUUUUGGACAUUGAUGAAUUCAAUAGAUAUCAAGAAGGCCGAGAAGAGUUGAAACAAUCAGGAAGAGAAAUCGAGAAUAAACAAAUGAAACAAAAUAUUGAAAUUACAUCAAAUAUUAUCAAUGAUAUGAGGUCGAAAAAUAUUCCUGCCACAGAUGCACAACCAAAAUAUAUUACUGUAAGAAAUAAUGAUACUAGGUCAUAUAAUUUUCCAUCAUUAGCUUCAAAAUUGUUAUGUGUUAUUUCAAGCGAAGGCAAAUUAUUGGACACUGUCGAACCUGGUCUCCACUGUGCUCUUGUUUUUGAUAAAAGUUCUUUCUAUUAUACUGAUGGUGGACAAGUUGCAGACAAGGGAUCAGUGGAUGUUGAUAACACAGAAGCCUUCAGUAUAUUGGAUGUCACUUACGCUGGAGGGUACAUAUUUCAUCAUGGAUACAUUUCUAGAGAAUGUAUGAGUCUAAAAGUUGGGGAUGAGGUUAAAUUAUCGCUAAAUCCAGCAAGAAGACAGGCAUGCAUGCGGGCUCACACUGCAACUCAUAUUAUUAACCAUGCAUGGAGAGAAAUUAUCGGAUCUGAUAUUAUUCAACAAGGAUCGAAAGUAGAUGAAGAUAGCUUUCGAUUAACUUUGAAUGGACCCACACCAACAAGAUCUCAACUCAAUAAAAUCUUACAAGUAGUUCGCACUCAAAUUUUAUCAGAUGGUAAUGUGGUUGCCAGUAACAUUGCUCUGAAUGAUGCUCUUGAUGAUGGUAACAUCCGAAGACUAACAGACAAUAUAUAUUCUGAUCCAGCUAGAAUUAUUUCUAUUGGUAAAUGUUCUCAAAAUAAUCACUCUGUUGAAUUAUGUGGUGGCACACAUGUUCAAAAAACUGGAGAUAUUGGGCAGUUUGUUAUACUAUCUUGCAAAAGUCAGGGAUUAAAUAGAACAACUGUUAAAUGUUUAACAGGAAGGCCAGCUGAGGACUCAGAAUCAUGCCUGAAAGAUGUCCAGACAAGAGUUUGUAAACAAGUUGAUGAAAGCAAAAAAUUAUUGUCUGAAAAUGAUAUCUCUGUUACGACGUACAAAGAAAUAAAAAAACAAAUUGGACAAUUGUAUCAUGAAGUUAUUAGUGCUGAUGUUUCAACAAUUUGCAAAUCUGAUAUGCAGGCGAAGUUGCGUCAUCAGUCACAACAAUUAUCUACAAAAAUCAAAAGAAUCAGCCGAAAAUCUGGUUGAAGAAUAUAUAUAUACCAACU